AUGAAGGCCUUUGCUGUCAUCGCCUUGUUAGCACCGGCCCUGACCGAGGCCCACUACAUCUUCAACCGUCUCAUCGUCAAUGGCGCGUCCAUCGGUGGCGAGUAUGCCUACACUCGCAAGAACAGCAACUCGUACAACCCAGCCUUCCCCAGCGAGCUCAUGAACAGCAACGACCUCCGCUGCAACAAGGGCGCUAAGACCGGCGGAACCGCCACCUACAGCGUCAAGGCCGGUGACAAGAUCGGCUUCAAGCUCUUCAACAACGAGUUCAUCGAGCACCCCGGCCCGGGUUUCGUCUACAUCUCCAAGGCUCCCGGCUCCGUCGCCGACUACGAUGGAUCUGGUGACUGGGUCAAGGUUAUGGAGAACGGUCUCUGCAACCCAAGCUCUCCCGGCAACGACGGCAGCUGGUGCAGCUGGCAGAAGGAUCGCCUCGAGUGGACCAUCCAGCAGAACAUCCCUCCAGGCGAGUACCUCGUCCGUGUCGAGCACAUUGGUCUCCACGAGGGCCACGUCGGCAAGGCACAGUUCUACAUUGAGUGCUACCAGCUCAAGAUCGAUGGAGCCGGUGGAGGUACACCAGGACCAGCCGUCAAGAUUCCGGGCCUUUACAAGGCUUCCGACCCAGGUAUCGCCUUUAACAAGUGGAACAACCCCCGAUCCUACAGCAUGCCCGGCCCCAAGGUCUGGACCGGCUAG